GCAGUUUCCCAUCAAGGAAACCCGUGGCAUCAAAAAAUAAUGAUAACAGUAUCAAAACCUAUUCGUUGUCUAAAGUAUUUCGAUUUAUUCAUCAUCGCUUUUGUGAAAGUAUCUAUAGCGUUUCAAAGUAAACAGGGCCAUGUCACAGACAAACCCGAAACCCAGUGAUAUGCAAUCACUGCGCUGUUUGCACUGCAUGAAGGUGAUCCGAUGCUCCCGCUACGAUACCAGUGAGCUGGUGCGCCACAUCGAGCAGGAUCAUCCGGAGAUAUACGCAGUGACCACGGAUAAAAUCAAGAAUCUGCACAAGCUGGCCGCGGAUCACGGCAUCAGUGAGGAGCGUCUCUCGAAGAUUAGCAAGAUGACGGGUCUGUCCGAGUCCCAAAUGGCUGAAGAGGCAGAGAAAUAUAUGGCCAAAAAGAAGAAGUCUGGUCGUAGUGGUGGAUCUGCCGCCGGCGACCCUGCCGCCGGCAGUGAAGCCUCCUCCAAGACGGAGAAGCCCAGCACCCCGUGUCCAUAUCCACGCCCAGCGGAGAAGUCGACGGCACAUCGGAGGAGCUGCUAUCGCGCCUCCAUCGAGCGCUGGGCUCCGGCGGAGGGACGCAUCUUCUGUCCGUGCUGUGCGACCAGCAGGCGUCCGAUGAUCAAGGCUGCCACAGAGAUCUCGAACAGUGGCUGCUGUGCCUCCUGGGCGGUCGCCUGCUGGCCCUUGUGCUUCCUGCCCUGCCUGAUGUCCUCGGACAACAAGGAAUACCUGUACUGCUCCAACUGCCGCGCCUUCCUCGGCAUCUACGAUCGCGAGAACAGCUGUGUGCAGCCCAGCAGGGAGUUUGUGUCCUGCAGCAAGUCGGUCACGCCGCCGCCCAAAUGUCCGCUCCAGCCACCAAAUGAAAACCUUUGAAUGGACUUUCAGUGGACGUAAUACUUAUUAAAUUGGUUGUGUAUACGUUUGGCUCAGUUUUUAAAUAAAUAAAAGUUGUUUAAUAAUCUUAUAAA